AAUCGCAUGUCGUCACACAGGAACCAAAGGAGGCGGUCAAACAAAGAUGGCGUUCCGCGAUGAAGCAGGAAAUAUACUCGGUUUUCAGUAAAUCUCCUCAUCUGAGAGCACCGACUGGAGCUUUUAUGUCCAAGGACAAGUGAGAGACCUAUUCGGAGACUGAAGACAGAGCAGAUACUGUUACUCUAAAUGGCUGCGAGGAAGUCUGGAUCAGAUAUCCACAACAACGGACCUGUCAGCUACCUUGAUGGUGUUCCUUUCAAGCUGAAUGAGAAGUUCCGCUGUCCCUCAAAAGUGGGUCUUCCCAUUGGCUUCUGUUUGUCUGAUUGUAAUGCCAUACUCUCGGAUCUGCAAUAUGACUUUAGUCUAGAGAGGCGCAGUGUUCAGUGGGGGGAAGAACUCGCCAAAGCGCGAGCUGCUGAGGCUCGAGCAGCGGAAGUCGCCCGGACGGACUCUGAAAACGAAAGGCAGGCUGCUGCUCAGGAAGCAGAUGCUGGAUUGGUUGGGGGGAAGAAAGCACACCCUUCUGAUGAGCAGGACGUUGUCCCACCAGCAUUGAACCCAGUUUUAGCUGGCCUACGGCAUACAGAAAUUCUCACGCCUCUCCCAGCCCCAUCUUUUGGACCAACACGACCAGCACCUAGCAACCCGGCUCCACAGAGUCUGAACUUAGCUGACUUUGAGCGAGAGGAGGACCCUUUUGACAAACUUGAGCUUAAAACACUGGACGACAAAGAGGAGUUGCGGAAUAUUCUGCAGAGCCAACCGCAGUCGUCUGUUUCACCGCCUCCGCUUCCUCCAGCAGAACAUCGCCCCACUUCUCCCAGUGAUACGCCUCCUCUUCAGGCCAAGGAAGGAAUCUUUCAUCAACCCAAUGGACUGGUUGGACUGCUGGACUUAGACCGGGGUGGGGUUGUGGGAAUCCCCCAUGGACAGAUUGAUGCAGACCGCCCAUGUAACAUUCGCUCAUUGACUUUCCCCAAGCUUUCAGACCCAGGAGACUCCCCCUUGGAACCACCUUUCAGCAUUUACCCAGCAGCCCAACCACGCAGCCUAUCCAAUGGCACGCCACUGGCCCUGCAGAGAACAGCAUCAAAUACCAUCACAACACUCCGACAAGAGCAACCUGUCUUUCCUCAGAAUGGGGCACAGAAGCAGUCAAACCAGGUCAUAGCGACUAACCCUCCACCUGCUUCCACGAUCCUACACGGCCUCUCUCCCAGCGAACGACAGUGUGUGGAGACGAUAGUGGGCAUGGGUUAUUCAUUUGAGGGGGUUCUCAAAGCCAUGCAGAGACAAGGACAGAAUGUGGAACAGGUGCUGGAAUAUCUGUUUACUCACAGUCGACUGUGCGAUCGAGGUUUUGAUGCGACUGCUGUUGAAGAGUGCUUGGAGAUGUACCAGGGUUCAGAGGAAAAGGCUUUGGAAUUUCUGCAGCUGAUGACUCGGUUUGGAGAAAUGGGCUUUGAGAGGGACACUAUUAAAGAGGUACUGCUCGUGCACAAUAACGACCAGGACAAGGCAUUAGAGGAUCUGAUGACCCGAGCAGCUGCGAGCUGAGCCCUGAGAGUCUCCCCUCCUCAAGCCAGCCCUCCUUUGGCCCUCAGGGGGGUCCUGGCUGUGGAAGGGUGGGAUUCACUCUAAGACAAGACGACUGAUUUUGUACCCUAAUAAAGAUACACGGCUUGGGGUAGGGAUUGACGGCAGCACCCGACAGUGCAUUCAUCCCUCCUCAGCUGUAUGUCUGUUAA